AAUGAUAACAAGAACGAUUGUCUGCUUAUCUUUGGCAGCCUUGGUUUCAUGCCAAGGAGAUGCUUCUGAUCCAAAGGAGACAAACUAUAAGAAGUUCAUCGGAGAACAAGAAUACAAGCUCCCAUUCAAGACCCGUGUCAGUGAGCCACUUGCAGUUGGACAAACUAUUCACGCCGUUGGAACUCUUUCUGAGAAGCCAACUCGUGUGGAUUUUAACUUCCACAAAGGAUCAGCUAAAGAUGCUGAUCUUCCACUUCAUUUCUCUAUUCGUUUUAAUGAGGGACUUCUCGGCAGCGGAAAGUUGAUCUACAACACAUUCGAAAACGGAAACUGGUCUGAAGAUGAGCAGAGAAUUAGCAAUCCAUUCAAAGCCGGACAAGAAUUUGAUUUGCGUGUUCGUAUUCUUGAAGGAAAGUUCCAGGUCUUUGCUAACCGUCUUGAGGUUGGAGUCUUCACUCAACGACUUCCACUUGAUGGAAUUGAUCACGUCUCAAUCCGUGGAGAUCUAUCAAAACUUCGUCUUUUCCACUAUGGAGGAAGAAUCUUCCCUAACCCAUAUAUGGCAGUUGCUGGUCUUACCCCAGGAAAGAGACUGGAUAUUUCUGCUCUUCCAAAAGGAAAGCGUGUCAAUGUCAACUUGUACCGUGAAAACAAAGAGUAUGCACUUCAAGUUUCCAUCAGAUACAAUGAGGGAGCUGUUGUCAGAAACGCAAUGACUAGCAAUGUUUGGGGAAAAGAAGAGAGAGAAGGAAAAAUGCCACUUGAUAAGAAGCAAGUGUUCGAUAUCACCAUCAUCAACGAAGAGUACUCUUUCCAGAUCUUCCUUAACAAUGAAAGAUUCACCACAUUCUCCCACCGUGGAUCGCCAAGCGAUAUCAAGACUCUUGAAAUUGAUGGAGACGUUGAAAUCCAGACUGUCACCAUUAAUGAUGCUCCAGGAGUUUAAAUUUUUGUUUUCUGAAUAUAUUUUAAGUUUUUAUAUACUGUCCAGAUCUAAAUAAACAUUCUAAGUUUCCU